AUGGCGUCUUUCUCAGUCUCAACACCCUCCCCUCCAGGCCGAGUGCAUACUCCAGGCACUCCAAAAUUCGGUUACAACGAUUCUUGGGAACCUUUCUCUCCCCGAAAAUCUGCCCGCAUUUCAGCUCAGCGCUCAACUCAACGCACGCCUUCUCCCCGCGCUCCGCAACACCGCACUCGCGCAUCUACAAGGGUUUCCUCGUCGGAUAUUUUUGCUACUCCCGCCACUUCUUCUCCCAAAAAGCGACAGCCGGCCAUGGACUCCGUACGACGCGCCUCUGGCGCCUUAACUUACGAAGGCACCUCCAACGCUGCCGAUUCCCUUGGAAUUUCUUCGUCGCAGCACAAAUCCAAGGCCAGCACCGCCGCUUCUCGAGCCGCAACUAUGUUCCCCACUCCGGCCAAAACACCCAAGAAGCAGCCCGACGAGAAGUCUAAGGCUAAUGUUCGCGCGAUCGCACGCAGUCUAUUCCCCGAGGCCGAUGCAAUUGCAACUCCUAAGAAAAGAAAGGCUAAGAAGUACACCGGCCUAACACUAGAUAGCUUCACUGCUGAAGACAUCGAACAACCCAUCGAGAUCUUCACCGAUACGCGCGACCGCAUCCCCGAGGCAGACGACACUGCUGCUAAUCCUUUCUACGAGAAGCAUCCCGCGUCGUCUACUGCGGAACCCAAGUCUCCCAAGAAGCGAGGCCAAGGCAAGCAGAUUUCCGUCCCUGGUGAAGGCAAACAGCCUCUCGACGAAGUUCUGCAACGAGAGGAUGGAAUCAUCUAUGUUUUCCGAGGGAAGAAGAUCUUCCGCAAGUUUUCGUCUAGUGAGGAUGUAGAUUCGGAUGAAUUCAGUAGCGAGAGCGAGGAGGUAGAGCUAAGCAGAGCUCACGAGCGACUACGUCCGUUGACCCGCUCGUCUAUCAAACCGCGUCUCCUCUUCCCUACCAAGGGCAAGAAUGUUGCCAAGCCGACUACAGAUGACGAGGAAGCUGCCACGGAUAUCGAAGAUCACGUGUUCAAGGAUGUGGAAGAGGAGGAUGAAAUCGAGGCUCCUACAACUCCUACCGCCAAGGUCGCUGAGAAGCCAGGCACUCCUACUGCACCCAGAUUCGCACCUGCUUCUCCUCCCAGCACAGUUCGAACUCGACGCACUGCUUUACACGCCAAGGCCGUCGAAUCACCCAUGAAGGUCACCAAGUCGCGCAGCCCCUUCGAUGGCUGGCGUCGCUCUAAGAGUCGUGCUGCUGCUGCACAUGGUCAGAAGCGAGAGGGCGAGGACUUGGCCAGACCGAACGAGUCGUCUAAGCGCCAGCGUGCCUAG